AUGGCAACAAUCGAAAAAAUUGAAGAAAAAUUAAAAAUAGCAGAAGAGAAAUUGGAAACUUCCAAAAUGAAGUCAGAAAAGCUCAAAGAGGUGGGAAAUAUGAAGAAGUUGGAUGAGUUGAAGGUAAAGCUAUCAGGAAAGAAACUCGCUAAUGAUGAAAAGGCGAUGUGGGAAGUUGAAAAGAAAUCAUUAGAAAAACAAGAAGAGGAUUUAAAAGCAAAUAUGAAUGGAUGGAGGGAAGAUGCAGAGAAGCAAGGGGAGGCAUUACAAAAGAAAUUGGAUAAAGAAGAAGGUAAUGAACAAAUUGCAUAUGGCAUGGAUAACAGUAAUCAACAAAAUCUGCAAGGUCCAAAUACUAAAGACAGGUGGGUUCCUCCUACACAUGUCACAAGAACCAUACCCAAAGUUAUUGAAGAUCAAAUGUCAAUUGAUGUGGUUCAACGUAAAGUGACAGCAUUAUUAAAUAAGUUGACAUUGGAGAAAUUUGAUGUUAUUUCAGACCAAAUAAUUGAAUAUGCUAACAAAUCAAAAUUUGAAAAAGAUUGUUGUAUUCUCAAGGAAGUUCUUCGACUGAUUCAACUGACAUUUGAAAAAUUAUGUCAUGAAUGUGACAAAAUCAAUUUUGGUCAAAUGCAUGCCCAACUUUGCAAAAGAAUGAUGGAGAUGAUCGAUCCAGAGAUUACUGAUGAAAAUGUCAAAAAUCAUGAUGGAAAUUUUGUUAUGGGUGGAGCUUUAUUUAGAAAGUUUCUGUUGAACCAUUGUCAAGAAGAUUUUGAAAAGGUUUCAAAAGUCAAUAUUCCAAUUCCAUCAAAUGAAAAAGGAGAAUUAGAUCUUUUAUCAGAUGAAUAUUAUUAUUCAACAAAAGCAAAAAGAUCUAGACUUGGUUUGAUGUGUUUUCUUGGUGAACUGUUUAAAUUGGGUAUGUUUACUGAACGUGCUAUACAUGAAUGUAUAUUGUCACAAAUCCAAAGUGCCAACGAAGUUCCAGGAGAAGAAGCAAUAGAGAAUUUAUGUAAAUUAUUAACAACUGUUGGUAAACAUUUGGAUCAUGGUCAUGAUAAGGCAAAAAAUCCUAUGGAUGUGUACUUUAAUCGUAUGGAUGAAAUGUCUAAAAACAAAGCCUUCAGUAGUCGUAUAAGAUUUAUGCUUCAGGAUGUUAUUGAUUUGAGAAAUUACAAAUGGAUACCUAGACAUGAUAAUAAUGCACCAAAAACUAUUUCUGAAGUUCAUGAAGAUGCUGCAAAACAAAAAAGCUCUGGUGGCCGAGGUAUGCUUAAAAUGACAGAACGAAUAUCACAUGGUGGUUUUCCACACCAUAAUUUUAUACAACCACUUGAACAAACUAAAGACAGGUGGAUUCCUCCUACACAUGUCACAAGAACCAUCCCCAAAGUCAUUGAAGGUCAAGUGUCAAUUGAUGUGGUUCAACGUAAAGUGACAGCAUUAUUAAAUAAGUUGACAUUGGAGAAAUUUGAUGUUAUUUCAGACCAAAUAAUUGAAUAUGCUAACAAAUCAAAAUUUGAAAAAGAUUGUUGCAUUCUCAAGGAAGUUCUUCGACUGAUUCAACUGACAUUUGAAAAAUUAUUUCAUGAAUGUGACAAAAUCAACUUUGGUCAAAUGCAUGCUAAGCUUUGCAGAAAAAUGAUGGAGAGGAUUGAUCCAGAGGUUACUGAUGAAAAUGUCAAAAACAAAGAUGGAAAGUUGGUUAUGGGUGGAGCUUUAUUUAGAAAGUUUCUGUUGAAACAUUGUCAAGAAAAUUUUGAAAAGGGUUUAAAAGUCAAUAUUCCAGUUCCAUCAAAUGAAGGGGGAGAUCUAGAUCCUUUAUCAGAUGAAUAUUAUCAUUCAACAAAAGCUAAAAGAUCUAGACUUGGUUUGACGUGUUUUAUUGGUGAACUGUUUAAAUUGAACAUGCUUACUAAACAUAUUAUUAUUUAUGAUUGUAUACUAAGGUUGUUACAAGUCCAAAGUGCCAAUGAAGUUCCAGGAGAAGAAGCAAUAGAGAAUUUAUGUAAAUUAUUAACAACUGCUGGUAAACAAUUGGAUCAUGGUCAUUAUAAGGCAAAAAAUCCUAUGGAUGAUGUUAUUGAUUUGAGAAAUAAUGAAUGGAUACCUAGACAUGAUAAUAAUGCACCAAAAACUAUUUCUGAAAUUCAUAAGGAUGUUAUUGAUUUGAGAAAUAAUGAAUGGAUACCUAGACAUGAUAAUAAUGCACUAAAAACUAUUUCUGAAAUUCAUAAGGAUGCUGCAAAACAAAAAAAGGAAUCUGCAAAAAUAUUAAGACAAACUGCAAGCUCUGGUGGCCGAGGUUUGCCGGAAAAACUAUCACACAGUGGUUCUGGGCGCCAUUAUCUUAAAGGCUCCCAGACCCAUGGUCCUAACAAUUUACAAUCUAAUAAUGAAGGUUGGAGCAUACUUGAGGCACCAUCUUCAUGUAAACCAAUUAAUUUAUCAAAAUUUGGUUCUGUUUCUCGUGGCAAAUUUUCUGGAUUAGUUAGCUUGUAUCCCACUAGUCUCAUACCUUCUUCUGGAAGCGGGUGGAAAGUUGAAAAUAGAGAACGAGAAGAAAAAUCUACAAAUACAUCCCGUAUUAAUUCAAUAGCAGACAUUUAUAGUAUUUUGGAUGAUUUAGAGAUUGAAAAUCCAGUUGAAACAUUAAAACUAUCACAGACUACAGAACGAAGAAGAAUAAUAUUGACUCCUAGAACAUCAUCACCCAAAGAUGUAGUUAGUAAUCUUCCGCCUAAAACAACAAAUAUCACAAACUCUGUACCACUACUAGGAGAGAUAAAUGCAGUAGCUAAAACAUCAGUGUCAUCAAUGUCUAUUGAAAUUGCUCAAAGAAAAAUUCGAAAUAUGGUUGAAGAAUAUUUUUCAGUCUUGGAUAUUAGUGAGGUACUAAUGUGUAUAAAGGAAUUACCUAUAGAGUAUCAUUCAAGAAUAAUUGAAGAAUUUGCAAACAUGGUACUUGAGAAAAAACAGGAGGAUGUUCAUAAUGUUACUAAACUAUUUAAAAAAUUAGUGUCUGAUCAUAUUGUUAAGAAAUCAGAUUUUAAGGAGGGCCUGAUAGAAACAGUAAACUUUUUAGUAGAUAUUGGAGUAGAUGCACCAUUAGCAUAUGAAUAUACAGGUCAAUUGCUAUGUGGGGCAAAAAUGGACUUUAAAGAUAUUCAAGAUUUAUUUAAACCUUUAAUAGAGUUAAAUGAUUUUAAAGGAACAGAAAAAGUAAUGAAAGGGUAUUUAACUACAUUAAAAGAAGAGAUGGAUGAGGAGUCAAUUUUAAAAAUGAUGAAUAAAUCGAAUUUUAAGUUUACUAUUGUUGAAAUAGAUAAGAUUUUUUCUACCAACAAAUUCCACCUUACUUUAAAAGAUAUAGAGUGGAAUAAUCUGGCUGAGGAAGAAGACAAUAACAAUAAUAACAAAAGUAGUGAUGAAGAACUUGAGGCAAUAAACUUUGAUAAUAAAAAUCAAAAGGAAAAAGGAAAAAAAAACCUUCCAUCUUCAUCACCAUCAAAUUCUGAUAUAGCUCCUUGCUAUCAUUAUUAA